UGGUACAAUGCCAUGUAUCAUCUUUAUCUACCCUAAUCUGAUCAGAACCACAAAACUUAUAAAAUCUCAGCCGUUGGUACAUGAAUAAUAGUACAAACACUUAACUUUAUGGGUGUAGGCCUUAUAUAUAGACUACAAUUAGUGAAAUGUAACACAAAUAUGCAUGUUGUUUCAAAGUUAAAGCUAGCCAAAAAAUUCAAGGCCCUCGGUGGAAAAAUGCCAGGAUUCAGCAUUUUUCCACUUGGUGGGUGCUUCGACGGAUGCCGCGACCACACUCAAGCGUCAGGAUUUGGCACAAGGAUCUGGAACCUAAGCGACCGGCCGGUGGAGCUGCAAAUAAGAGUUGGAUCAAUAUUGAAGAAGGUUCAUACUUUAAAGCCAGGGUCUUCGAAGAGACUGAAAUGCAAGAGCAUAUACAAGGCUUAUAUGCCUGGAAAAAGUGGGGGUGGGGGUGGAGGAAUGAAGAGCUUGCUGUAUUACUAUGAUGAAACAUGCCACCCUUAUGUUUGGAUAAAUGAAACUGGGGGUGAUUCCUUAAGGAUGGUCAAGCAACAGUAUAUUAGUCUUGAAGACCUGAGGGAUUGCUCUGAGAUCAGAAUCUUUAGGGACCAUCAGAGAGGCUGCAUAUCCGUUCGCAAGAAACCUAGGCUGGAUUUUUGCUAAGUAUUUUUAUCCACUAAUUGUAAGUUUGAAUGUUUUGUGUUGGUAAUGACAGCAAAGAUGCUUCUUUGAUUUUCUUUUCUUCUUCUUCUUUGGAUCCUCUCUUGCUUCCUAUGUGAAUGUAUUGGAAGAACUCAGAAUAGAAUACACAAGGUAUUCUGCAGAAUGUAAUAGUGCAGCUGUUGGAUCUGGUUUUCUUAUCAAAUUUAGUUUGAUC